AUGGCAGCAGUUUACCUGAUCACAUUGGUGGGUAACAGUCUAAUGCUUGUCAUGGUUAGAGUUGAUGACCAGCUUCUCACCCCUAUGUAUUUUUUCCUAAGUAACCUGUCCUUCCUCGAUAUCUGUUACUCUAGCAAUUCAGUACCUUUUUUGUUGUUCAAUGGUUUAAAAGAUGACCCUACCAUUUUUUAUACUAGCUGUUAUGGUCAGAUGACAAUCACUAUUUUUCUGGGGAUGACAGAGUGUCUCCUCCUUGCUAUCAUGGUUUAUGAUAGAUUUGUUGCAAUAUCUAAUCCUCUGUGUUACACCAUCAUUAUGAACAACCAGGUCUGCAUACAGUUGGCCAUGGUGACUUGGGCCAGUGCCUUCCUUUUAGCAAUAAUACUGAUCAUUGCAAUUCCUGCCCAUUUUUGUGGAUGCAAUGGCAUCAAUCAAUUUACCUGUGAGGUCCAGGCCCUAUUGAAGCUCACCGGCUCAAACACCCCAGUCAGACUUAUUCUGGGUCUGGUCAUAGGCAUAUUCACUCUGCCCCUACCUUUUAUCUUCAUUCUCAUCUCCUAUACUCGCAUUGUGGUUGUCAUGCUAAGGAUCCACUCUGCAGAGGGCAGGCUCAAAGUUUUUUCCACCUAUAGGUCCCACCUGACUGUGGUCACCAUAUUUUAUGGAACAGCCAUCUACAUGUACCUGAAACCUCAAUCAAGGGAGUCCCAGGACCAGGGUAAAGUCAUCUCUGCAUUUUAUGGUGUUGUAACUUCUAUGUUGAACCCCCUCAUUUACACCUUGAGAAACAAAGAUGAAGAAGUUAGACAGGGUUUUCUCUGGAGAGAGAAAUAUGUUACAUCUGGAAGUGGAGAACAAGCCACAGGAAAAUUUCUGACACGAAAUCAAGACUGGAUGAAUAGAAAGUGUAAGUAA